AAACGGCUCGCCAACGCCGGAACGAAUUCCGAAGACUAUAAUCUUUAUAGACUCCCGACGUGAUAUCCAAAAAUGUGCGGAAUGUCUGCGAGGCUGGCUACAGAAACUCUCAGCUGGGGCCGUCGGGGCCCACGACUGCAAGCAGAUUAUCCAGGUCUACCAUUCACACACUACUCCAAACGACAAGAAUGCUAUAUACGACCAGUUUUCCAAAGCGGACUCUAAGAUCCGAAUUAUGGUGGCCACAGAAUCAUUAGGAACGGGGGUAGAUCUCUCGGAUGUCACACGAGUUGUCCAAUACGGCUUCCCUCUGGAACGACUCUUAUGCGUCCUUAUCCAACGAUUUGGCCGUGCAGCUAGGAUGGCUGGCAUUAAAGGAGAGGCCAUCUUCUUGGUGGAAAGUUGGGCGAUAGGUGACAGGAUCUUAUCGACAAGACCGGCGCUUCUAUCCAGAACUCAGACGCCGUCGUGUUUAAGACGGCCUUCCAACACGAGCCGGUUAGCUCAGUCGUACUCUGCUGAUCCAGGAGUGGGCGGUGACAUCCUAGAUGAUGAAUCGGAUAUUGCCGUAGACGCCAUUAAAUAUGAUAUACCAGGAGAGCAGCACCGACGCAAAACGGAGAGAGAACGCCGAACAGACCUACACGAUGACUGUCCGGCGCUAUUCAAUCUUGUUAAUCGAUCCGCAUGCCUACGCCGAAUCCUAAUGGAUUGGCUACAAGAGAGUCUAUCGGAUCCAGCAUCUAGGUUACCGGCUCCUGAACCGCAGGAGUGCUGUAAUGUCUGUAACCCAGAUCUGGCGCGGGCGGUACCUUUCCCAUGGGAUACCACAACUGGUCUUCGUAAGCCCCAGACUGGAACGGCAUCCGGCGCAUUUUAUGACCGCCUGACCCUCUGGGGAGAUAACGUUGUGAAUUCGGCACAUCGGAUGAUGAAGCCAGAACUCUCAGCACGGUUAUUCGCGCCGAAGGAAGAGUGGAUAUCAAUAUCGAGAGAGUAUACGAACAUCCGCUCGGCUGCUGAGUUGGAGAAGUUUACGAAAUCGGCUUGGAUGAAAGACCAUUCCCAUGAGCUGUUCGAAGAGUUCAAUAAAAUCAAGUCCUAUGUAGUGAGGAACUGGCCCGGACGCUAUACACCAGGAACCGCAGCGGCAGCUCAAGUUCUAAUACGAAGGGCGCCAUUCGAACACGCUCAUCCCACAGUCGAACAGCAAGUAUCUCAACACAGAGGUCGGAAGAGAAGAUUGUCUAUAGAAGCAGAGACUCUGAUAACUCCUGAUCAGGAACGAAGAGUAUUACUCGCGCGUGAGCGAGAAGAGUACGUUUCCUCGCUAGAGCGGAUCAUUGCUCAGGCAAGGGAGGUGUCAGCCUCGUGCUCUUCCCAUCUACCUACCCUACCAAUGACCAUAGUAUCAGCGAACUCGUCAUUUACAUCUAUGGGUAGGUUGAUGACAUCUACAAACGUAGAUUAUUCUUCUGCUAGGUCAGGUGUUCUCGAAGACGGCGAGAAUGAGGUAUCAGGUGUAAUUGAUGGUAAUCGGGCCUUGAAACGUCCCAUAUUAACCCGGGGGGGGGAAGUAGAAACGAAACGGGUCGUCCUCGGCGUUCUAGACUCUAACGCAAGGUGA